GCAAGCUCUUUGGUCAACAGGCCGGGCUUCCUACCCUGGGGCAGUUCAGUUCUCCUUGCCUGGCUCCGCAUGCUCAUCACCCGCCUCUCUCCCCCAGGCCGCACGAUCGCUCCCAAGAAAGCGCGUGUGAUCCAGCAGCAGAAACUGAAAAAGAACUUGGAAGUCGGCAUCCGGAAGAAGAUCGAACACGAGGCGAUGAUGAAAGCCAGCACCAGCCUGCCCAAGAAGCUGACCGUGGUCACGGCGCCGGAGAAGGGAGCUAAGAAGGGCCACCCCAGCAAGUCUACCCUGUGACCUGGGCCAGGGGGUUUGGAGCUGUCACCGUCCUUGUGCUCCUGCAGACUCCCAUCGCCCACGCCUGGCCAAAACUGCACCAGCCCGCUCCAUUGGGAGCCCCCUGUAGGAACCAAGGGAUGGGGGCAGCUCUGUCCCUGGACCACGGUGCUUUUGCAGCUACCUCCUUGGACUUGUUCAUCCUCCUCCGUCUCCUGUGCAAACACUCCCUGGCCUGUAGCAGGGAUGGGAGCAGCUUACCCCUUGGUGGUUAACCUGCCUCUUGUCAGAAACGGAGCCGUCUCCGUCCUGUCACUGGGAAGGAGGUUGAAGGGUGGGGGGCAGCACAGUGGUUCUCGGUCAGACCCCCGGUGAGGGAUUCUGUGAAUUGCUAGUUUCCCCUUCCCCUCCAGCCCCCGAGAGUUGGGGGCUCCGGUGGAGUUUGGGGCAGUGCCUAGGAAAAGCUGCCUGCGUGAAUUACGCAGUGGAGCCCAAACUGCCUGGCUGUGAGCGGAAGGGGGCAGCUUGGGCCUGUGGAGCUGAGAUGCCAAAUGUCCUGUUCUCUGAGCAGCUCCCCUGACUGGCUCCAGCCACGGGGAGGGUGUGUGUGUGUGUGUGUGUGUGGGGCCUGGCCCUGCCCCCCAUCCUGCGCUUUAAUAAAAAGUACUGGGAAGGAC